AUGGCGUCGUCGAUAUCAGGGCUUAGCUUAGCCGAGCUCAACGCCGCGGCUCUUGACCACUUCGUAUACCAGCCGGUGGACACCGCCAUGAUUUCAUAUCUGGCCCAGGCUGCUUGCGACGUUAUACAGUGUGACCCGGGCAUGAUGCCGCCCCCGCCACCCGUUAACAGAUCACACCUACCCCCGACACCACCGAGGACGCCGUCUCCAAAGGCGAUCCGGGUCGACGACAGUGCCCUCCCGUCACUCGACGAGUUCAUCACUCAGCUGGUCGUCUCUUCCAAUGUGCAGGUCCCUACCUUGAUGUCGACGCUGGUCUACCUUACCAGGUUACGGUCCCGUCUUCAGCCCAUGGCCAAGGGUCUGCGUUGCACUUCGCAUCGAAUCUUCCUGGCAGCGCUUAUACUGGCUGCCAAGUAUCUCAAUGACAGCUCUCCAAAAAAUAAGCACUGGGCAAACUACAGCAACAUCAGCACUGACAGCUGCACCUUUGGGUUCAGCCGAACAGAGGUCAACUUGAUGGAAAAGCAACUCCUCUUUCUUCUGGACUGGGAGCUGAGGAUCACGGAGGAGGAUCUGUACCGAGAGCUGGAUGUUUUCUUGGCCCCCAUCCGAGCCACCAUCGAUGCCAAGUAUGCUCGUCGUCAACAACGCAAGAGGGAGGAGGCACUUCGCAAGCGGGCCGAGGCCGAGGCCUGGGCUGCGGCUGCUCGCUUUCCGACCCCUCCGAGCUCUCGAGUCAGUUCGAGAUCGCGACCACCGGUCGUUAUGGAGCAGGAGAAUGUUCGCUUGGUGCACGACGCCUCAACUCCGCCAGGUCUUGCCUACAGCUCGGCGGCAAGCUCCAGCAGCUCGUAUGCUUCUUCAAUUUCCUCACGACAACACUCACGGUCCAGCACCCCGGUCUCAGUCGUGGAGGACCCUUACGUCUACGCCGAGGCCGAAUUUUACGAGUCGCCUGUUGAGAUUGUUCUGGAUGUACCGCAGCCGGCUGCGAUACGGAGCCACAGGAAGGGCGACCACCUGUUACCUUACGAAAUCAGCGCUGAGGAACUGAGGGAGCUCCAGGAUGGUGGGAGCAAAGCGAAACGUGCACGAACGGGAAAAGGCAUGUGGGGACGGAUGUUUGGUGGCAACGCCGUGGCAGUACGGUGA